GCCUCCGCCGUCCCCUCUGUCGCUCUCUCUCUCUCUGCCACCCCGGCGCACCUUCCCGUGCCAUCCCACCUUGCCUUCUCCAUUCCCUCUGGGUCCCUCUUUCUUCCCUGUCUGUCUAUCCCUCCCUUGGUCCCUCCUCCUUUCCUCCCUCUUCCAUUCCCCCUUUCUUUUCUAGCCGUCCCUCCUGUGCACAUCCAUCCCUCCUUCCUUUCUGUUUCCUCCCAUUUUCUCCUCCCUUGCGCCUCCCUCCUCCUGCCCCUAAAGCAUCCUGGGCCAUUCAGUAGCCGUAGAUGCUUUAGGGGCAGGAGGAGGAGGAGGCUUGUGGGUGGUUACCCCCCUCCCGCCUUACAGUCUCCGAGAGCAGAAACCAAUCAGACCUCCCCUUUCUGGGUGUUCGCUCGCCAGUCCCCGUGGGCCGGGUUUCAAACCACGUUUUUUAGGUCUCCCUUUUCUGCAGUAAUAAUAUGGACUGAGGGCUUUCGGAUAGAGUAAGAAUGAAGGACAGGGUGCUGAUCAAAAGAAGGAGGAAGCUAUGCCCUCCGAGGGGGAGAAAUCUCCUGAGGCUGAAAACAACAACAAUAAGAAAAGCAAAAGUGGAGCCUCUCAGGAUUCUCAGCCUUCUCCUCUGGCUUUGCUGGCAGCAACUUGCAGCAAAAUAGGGACUCCUGGUGAGAAUCAAGCAACUGGACAACAGAUUAUUAUAGAUCCAAGUCAAGGUUUGGUACAGCUUCAGAAUCAGCCACAACAGUUAGAAUUAGUAACAACCCAGCUUGCUGGAAAUGCUUGGCAGCUUGUUGCCGCUGCUGCUGCUCCUACUUCAAAAGAAAACAACAUCCAGCAAGCAUCUUCUGCUGCUUCAAGCGCGGCAAGUCCCUCCAGUAGCAACAAUGGAAAUGCAUCCCCUUCAAAAACAAAGUCAAGCAAUUCUUCUGGAGUAACUCCAGGACAGUUUCAAGUCAUUCAAGUGCAGAAUCCAGGGGGUAGUGUUCAGUACCAAGUGAUUCCACAUAUUCAGACAACAGAAGGUCAACAAAUUCAGAUCAAUCCUGCUAAUACCACAGCUCUGCCAGAUUUACAGGGUCAAAUUCAGCUCAUCCCUGCAGGGAAUAAUCAAGCUAUUAUUACAGCCACAAAUAGGACAGCUUCUGGGAACAUUAUUGCUCAGAAUUUGGCAAAUCAAACAGUGCCAGUCCAGAUUAGGCCUGGUGUUUCUAUUCCAUUGCAGCUGCCCAUUGCUGGCACUCAGGCACAAGUUGUAACUUCACUGCCUAUAAACAUUGGGGGAGUGACUCUAGCGUUACCUGUAAUAAAUGUUGCUGCUGGUAGUACUUCUGGACAGAUCCCCCAGCCCACUGAUAGUGGAGUGUCCAAUGGAAAUCAGCUACUAUCCACACCUGUCACAACAGCUUCUGUUAGUACAAUGCCAGAUUCUCCUCCUUCCUCUUCCACUUGCACAACUACAUCAUCCACAUCACUAACAAGCAGUGAAACUUUAGUAAGUACAGCAGAAACAGGCCAGUAUGCAAGCACAACAAGCAGUUCUGAGCCUAGUACCGAAGAACCUCAAACAACCACAUCAGAAACAGAGGCUCAGAGUUCUAGUCAGCUUCAGUCUAAUGGACUCCAAAAUGUGCAGGAUCAAACAAAUUCAUUGCAGCAGGUGCAAAUAGUAGGUCAGCCAAUUCUGCAGCAGAUACAGAUCCAACAGCCACAACAGCAGAUCAUUCAGGCUAUUUCUCCACAAUCUUUUCAGCUUCAGUCAGGACAAACUAUUCAGACAAUUCAGCAGCAGCCUUUGCAAAAUGUUCAGCUACAAGCAAUGAGUCCAACUCAAGUGCUCAUAAGAGCACCAACAUUAACUCCAUCAGGACAGAUCAGCUGGCAGACAGUACAGGUCCAGAAUCUUCAAAGUCUUUCAAAUCUUCAACUUCAAAAUGCUGGAUUACCCCAGCAACUAACCAUUACCCCUGUAUCUUCAAGUGGUGGUACUAUAGCUCAAAUUGCACCAGUAGCUGUUGCUGGAACACCAAUAACGCUAAAUGCUGCCCAGAUUGCAUCAGUGCCUAAUCUUCAAACAGUAAGUGUAGCCAACUUGGGUGCUGCAGGUGUUCAAGUUCAAGGAGUUCCAGUCACCAUUACAAGUGUUGCAGGUCAACAACAAGGACAAGAUGGAGGAGUGAAAGUACAUCAAGCCACACUAGCUCCUGUAACUGUAGCAGUAGGAGGCAUUGCUAACACAACAAUUGGUGCUGUUAGUCCUGAUCAGAUAACUCAGGUGCAAUUGCAACAAGCCCAGCAAGCUUCUGAUCAAGAAGUGCAACCUGGCAAAAGGUUAAGAAGAGUUGCUUGUUCAUGCCCCAACUGCAGAGAAGGAGAAGGAAGAAGCAGUAAUGAACCAGGAAAAAAGAAGCAACAUAUCUGCCAUAUUGAAGGUUGUGGAAAAGUCUAUGGGAAAACAUCUCAUCUCCGUGCACACCUUCGCUGGCAUACUGGAGAAAGGCCUUUUGUAUGCAAUUGGAUCUUCUGUGGGAAAAGAUUUACAAGGAGUGAUGAAUUACAAAGGCAUAGGCGAACCCAUACAGGUGAGAAGAGAUUUGAAUGUCCAGAGUGUUCUAAAAGAUUUAUGCGAAGUGACCAUCUGUCCAAGCAUGUCAAAACCCACCAGAACAAGAAAGGUGGGGGAACAGCCCUUGCUAUUGUUACCUCAGGUGAAUUGGACCCUUCAGUUACUGAGGUUCUUGGAUCUCCAAGGAUUGUCACAGUUGCAGCCAUUUCUCAAGAUUCAAACCCAGCAACUCCUACUGUUUCAACAAACAUGGAAGAAUUCUGAAGGAACAUUAUACAAAUGCCUAGAUCUGCACUUAAGUUUACAUACCUUUCAAGAUACGAAAGUGGACUGGUAAAAGUGUAUUACAGAGCAGGAAAUCAUGUAGUCAAGUCUUGAUUUCUGUAAGUAUUCCAAGUUGGAGGAUUAUCACAGGAAGCGUACAUUGUAUAGCAAGACAAAAUUUUCAAAAAUGAAAACAGGGCCAAUUGUCAUAGAUAAAUUAUGGAUAAAGCAGAUGAAGAAAAUAUUACUUCCACACUGUACUAAUUUAUGUAGCUCUAUAUCACGUAAACAGUUUUAAUUGGAAUUUUUCUUCUAUUUUAACACAUGUAAAUGUUUGUUGUAGCAACAAACAAUACAAAUAUACAACAGAAUGUCUGUUGGUUAGGGUUGUUUUCACAUGAACAUCUCUAGAAUUUUCAUGGGAACUUUGUUCAAAAGGCACAAGAAAAAUUCAUAAUAAUCUAGUGAAGAUGGAAACAUUUUGUUUCUUUUUGGUUUGUGAAACAUAUAGUUAACCUGGCCAUCUUUGGUCAUUUUUAAAAAAUAAUUCAGAUGGCAGCAUGUUAAAUGGUUCUGAGGUUCAUCUCAGAUAAUUUUGGCCACUACAUUAUAGUAGUGUGUAUAAUGACAAUCAGUAAACACAAAUUAUUCUCUAAGAGAGAUAAGAGAUCUAUAGAGCCAGUGUAUACUGUAGCAAAUAUUGAAUCUUAGGAAUAUAUUGACAUAAGUUUUUAAUUAAUUUCUAUAUAAAAGUGAAAUAUGGGAACCUAUGUGACAAGUCCUAUACUUUUAACGCAUCCCAUUUCAAGACACAUUGCUAAGCCUUGUUUAACUUCAUUUAUAAAGCCUAUAAUUUAAAUAUUUAAAUUUUAUUAGAAUACUUGGAAAUAGUGGGAUAUAGAAUGUUGUAGAUAUUAUGCACCACUGUCAACCUUUGGUUAAUAUCAAAUAUUCUGGUUAACCUACUGAGUUGUUUAGACUUCAGCAUAACAGCCAAAGACAAGCAUGAAUACCUUCAACCAAAAGUAAUAUUUCUUUCAUUACAAAAACUAAUAGCCAGCAUCCCAAAAGCAAAAUUUGGCAUGUCCAGGGUUUGGGCAUGCUUGGUAAGAUUCUUUGAACAGUAGGCCCUUGUACCUUAUAACAAAUUCAUUUUGAAAGUCUCCUCAAUAUCAAAAGUGGCUUCCUAGGUGGCAUUGGGGGCUGCUAUUUGAGAAGCUUAAGCCAUAAGUUCCUUUACAUACAUAGAACUAGUUGUAAGGGGGGGCAGGGUUGGAUCCCAACAAAAAUUUACAUCCAGUAAAUAGGCUAGCAAAGAAUAUUGUUUAAAGAUUUUUUAUUUGAUCAAUAUUUUUGAUUCUUCAUGAAGAAAACAUAUUAGAAAAAUAUAACUGCUAUACUUUGACAGUAGAGGUAAGUGAUUAUGUCCUCAAUAAAUAUUUCUUUAAUAUGUCACAGCUCAAAAAGAAUUAGUUUAUUUUUUGUCACAGAUUCAAGUCUAGUCCCUGACAGCUAAUUGACCAUAACAACUAGUAUGGGUAAGGAUGCAUAUUCCUAUCUGCAUAAGAGUCACAUGCAGCCAAACAGUGGGACCCAGAUGGGGAUCACAAUAUAUGGAUAUGGAUGCAUUUGCAGAUGAGUAUCUACAACCAUGUCAGCUACAUAUGAAAGGCUGUUGUUGUGUGUAGCUCUGCCUUUCUGGAUUGGGGCAUCUGUGUGCAAAUUUGAGUAAACAACAGAAAUAUAGCCAGAUAUAUUUUGGAUUUUAAACAUUUCCCAUAGGCAUAUAAUUAUUUUUUGCAAUUCUACCAAUAGGAAAAUAUCUCACGAGUUUCUGAUUUUUACAUUGUUACACCAAAAUAUUUUUAUGAUGCAACUUAAGAGUACAGUGCAGGAAAACACUUAUCCUUUAAAAAUUAUGAUUUCUGUUUUAUACCCUUAUGUAACUAUAUAUUUUGUGGCAUUGCAUGCAUUUUUAAAAACAAAGAUCUUCUGUUUUGUACUAUGUACACUUUAGGGAUGCCCUGCAGAGUGAAAUAUGAAGCUGAAAGUCUUUCAGGUUACAUAUAGUAAAGAAAACGAUUUUACACAUUUUACACUAUGGUUAUAAGUGAAAGUUUCUUAAACCUUUUGUAGGCAUUUAACAGUCUUUAAAUUUUAGUUGGGUUUUUGUAUAUUAUUUUGUAUAUUUUAUUUAAAAUAUUUUGACUGAUUUAUCUGGCUUUAAAAUCAAUUUGAUGAUACAUUUAAUACAGAUAGCCACUAAGUAAUGAUAUUAUUUUUUGUUGCAAAUAAGCUGCAGCAUCAAAUAUAUAUUUUAUCAUUAUGUUUCACAAUCAGUGCUAUAAAAAUAAAGCAAAUAAAAUGUCCAUAUAGAAUCAUGUUAACUUAGUUGUAGGGUUUUUUGGGUUUUUGUUUGUUUGUUUUGGUAAAUUGAAGGUAUGAGUACUCUGCACAGCUGUUAAAUAUUGUUUUUGCGUACUUUAUGCAGAUAUGAAAUGGAAAUUAUUUUUUAAUCUGCAGCAAAUCCCUAUUACAAGUGUAUCAAAAUCUGGCCGGCAUCACAGAAUCUUAAUAUAAUCUGUGUUAGCAGGUGCAUUUACUACUCCUGGAAUUAGAAACAAUUUAAUAGUCUGUUCUGCAUACCAUUCUGAGUCCACUUUUCAGUCUUAGAAGGAUCGUAAAUUUCAAUGUCCUUUAUUUGACUCAGUGGGAUGUAACUGUUGUAUGUAAUAGGGCACAGAUGUGCAGUAGUAGCUUGUUUAAUGGCAUUUCAUUGUUCAUUCCCUUCGCCACCAUUACAACAUUUUGCUUUAUUGUACUUACCAGUGCAAAGUGUAUUUAUCAUGGUAGAACUCCAGUGUUGGAAUAGGGUUUUUUCCAAUAUACUUUCUUGGGAUAGCGUUGUGUAUGUGUUUCCUGAUUACAUUAGAAAUCGGUGUUAAGUCAUUAUUUAUCACACUGUUUCAUGAGAGAAGUAAUAAAAGUGUGUAAUUUAGGAGAAAAAGUUUAUUUGUUAAACUUAGGUAAGCAUGAUGUUUGGGUCCUAUUUUUCAAUUUUAUAACUGUUCUAUUGCAACAAUAUUUGUAUUUAAGUAUCCAUUUCUAAUACCUUGUGAUUUUUUUAAUGCAUGUCACUAAAUUGUCAACCCACAAAAAUUGAUGUGCAGCAUAGGGUGUUAAAUCUACAUAAUGAUUUUGAAACAGCAAAAUAGUUGGUGGUAAAAUUAUAAAUGUUUUGCAGAAAAACUUAUAAAAAGUUUUGUAGUAAUAUUUCACUUGUAAAUGUUUUUUAAGAAAAAGGGGAAAAAGAAAAAAAAACAAGAAACAUCCAUUCUAGAAUCUACAAAUUCUGCCAGCAAAGCCUCUAAGGCAUUAAUUUUUACUAUGCUAAUUUGUAUACAUUUUGUGUGUUUUUGUGGAUUUGGAACUAAAAUUGUGUAGAUGUUGU